ACCUAUCAAAGUGUAACGCUGAAAGGCCCCUGACUUUUCGAAUUCAAUUAGAUUUUCAGGGGUCUUUGUUAGUUCCUCCAGUUAAGCCACGCACUUCACUAACGGCUUUCACCCUUCUCCCCGUCCCCGUGGUCGGUGAAACAUUGUGUAUCAUGGCUUGUACUUCCUUGUAGGAAAAGGUGCCUCUUCGUUUAUUCUUCGUAUUUAUUUUCCAUCCUUUCUUCUCGCACGAAACAUCAUUCAUUAUUCACCCCAUCCAUUCUUUUCUGCCCUUGCAAUUCCAACUAUUAUACUUUCCUUUUUUAUUUUUCCGCUUCGCUUUAUCACAAGCGAUACCUCGAACUACGCCUAGGUCACAUUCAUUCUAACUACAUACCCAACCUAAGUAGCGUUACCCGUUCUUCGUUACUCGGGAGCACCCGAACUUGCAAAUCGGCCAUUUGGGUAAUGAAGAAGACGAUCGUGAAGUACAACACCAAACACGCUCCACAACCCAAUUGUCGCCUAUCUCAUACGUAAUGAGUCCCCUCCCGAUUAACCCGGCGAUGUCGCCGACGGUAUCGAUGGCGUCGCACUUUGCUCGAGCCAUCUCCUACGUCUUGACGACGCGCGACGAGGACGAGGAUGCAAAAUGUCACCCGCGACCUGACAUAGACCUUUGCGAAAAGCCUCAGGCAUCCAAUCAUACGAUGGCGAUCUUAAUCGGGGUACUAGGCGGCCUCCUCGUUGUCUCAACAGUCGGGACGCUUUUCGUGCUACACAUCCGGCGCCAGCGGCAAGAGGCGCAAGAGUUCCCCAAGAGCAACCAAGAACUUGAUGAUUACGGUGUCGGCCCCAUGCCCCCUGCUCCUGCUGCCAAACCUCCCAGACCUAUCAGACCUGAAAACGCGUAUCGCCAGCCGCACGCGGAACCAGAUGAUGGCGACGACCUCAAACCGCCCGGGCGGCGGGAUUCCCUAAACUCUCUUGCGCGCUCCAUUCGCGGUAACCCAGAUGCUUACAGGUCAAGGGCAGACGACAUAUCGCACGAUAUGAAACCCGUAGAGCCGGCAAGCCAGCUGUAAGGAGGAAGAGGGAAGAGAGAAGAGGGAAGAGGAAGAAGAAGGAAGGAGAUGAGUGAGAAGGAGGAUGUGACGCCCAUCGUCAAACCCUGAUGGAUAAAGAUCAAUAAGUAAAAUAAGUAGAUCUAGUGAUAGAUCAAUCUGUAGUGUGGAACUAGUUUUCGUCUUCAACUACCUAAGCUCUUGCGUAAAAUGAUUGUGGAUUUUGCUUCACUUCUGUCUACUAUGUAUGAUCUCGCAUCGUUCUUUCUAUAACUAGCUUAUUUAGCUUUGAGCUAUAUAUGGCGAUGGUCAUAUUCAAUAUAAUACACAUGGCAGCCGAGACCAAGCU